AUGUUCCGCACUGCGUUCUCUGCCUCGGCUCGCUCUGCUAUUGCGAGCAGCUCGCGUGGAUUCCACUCGACGCCCGCGGCGUUCAAGGUGACGGAGAAGGUCGCCGAGGUUGCCGACAAGGUGAACAAGAAGGUCGGCCAGACUCUCGCAUCUGCCAUUGAGAAGGGUGAGGAGGCCACAGAAAAGACCAAGGAGACUCUCGGUGAUCGUGGCACUCUGUCAGGCACCGCCAAGGAGAAGGCAUCCGAGGCAUCAUCAGUAGCAGGCCAGAAGGCGAACCAGACUGCUGCUGGUGCCCGGGAAGGUGCACGGGACUUCAAGGCUGAUGUCAAGAAGGAGGCUCGCAAGUAA